UGUAUUGCCACUAUAGUGCCACCCUCAAAUCAGACAAGAACGCUCAUACCCCCGCAACAUUUUGCAUUCAUCAAAUCACAAAUUAUGGCAGCCUUAGUGUGUUUCUUUCUAGGGCUGACCACCGUCUAUUUCAGCCCAGAAUAUUUUAUCUGGGAAUCAAAAAUCUGGAGUGGCGUUGCAUUUUGCGGGGUUUCGGCCUUGUGCACGACGAUUUAUCGGCUGUUCUUGUAUCCUGAAUUUUUCUCGCCCCUGAAACACAUACAGACACCGUCCUCACGAAAUUGGCUUACUGGGAACUCGAAUUCGUUCCUGAUAGAGACACCUUAUGCGUUAAUCAAGACCUGGCUCAAAGAACUGCCAAAUGAAGGUCUUCUACGCUACUAUAUUGUCGGAAAUCUUGAAUGGGUUAUGCCCAUAAGUUCUGAAGCUUUGAAAGAGAUACUUGUCACGAAGACUUACGAGUUUGAAAAGCCGGAGAUCUUGAAAUAUGGCCUACGGAAGACCCUUGGCCGGGGUAUACUUCUUGCCGAAGGCAACGAGCACAGGAUGCAACGUAAAAACCUGUUGCCUGCUUUUUCUUAUCGUCACGUCAAGAACCUUUACCCUUUAUUUUGGACUAAAAGUGUCGAAAUGGUUAGACUCAUUGAUAAGGAAUUGGUUUCAGGAAGCGUUGAAAACAACACCGUUCAGAUUGGGGAUUGGGCCAAACGCGCAACUCUCGACAUCAUUGGCCUAGCAGGUAUGGGCUGCGACUUUGAGGCUCUGAAAAAACCAGACAACGUUCUACACCAGUCUUAUAAGACAUUAAUCUCGCAACCCCUUAGCGAGAAGCUUCUGUUUCUGAUGGGAGUUCUAACCCAUCCAAGUUACACGAUGAAUUUUCCGACAGCACGGAAUAGAGAAAUAGGAGAAUGUAACGCGCAUAUUCGUGAAGCUGCACGCGCGGUAAUCCGCUCGCGAAUAGGCAGAAAGCAAGAUACCGGCAGAGAUAUUGACAUAAUAUCAGUCGCUCUAGAAAGCGGCAUGUUUGACGAAGAGAAUCUGAUCGACCAAGCAAUGACAUUCCUGGGAGCUGGUCACGAUACAACAGCGGCUUCAUUUCAAUGGGCAAUCUACGCUUUAUGUCAGUAUCCAGGUGUCCAAAAGAGGCUGCGUGAAGAAAUACGCACACAUCUCCCGAGUAUCUCAUUUACAGAGCCGAAUAAAAUCAGCGCCUCCACAUUCGAAAAUACCCACUAUUUGAGCGCUUUCUGCAACGAGGUUCUUCGUUUCUACCCCGCCAUUCCCAAAACUGUUCGCAAGGCUGUGGUGGAUACUACUAUAGUCGGUAAAUUCAUCCCAAAAGGUACGCUGAUUGUCCUGUCGCCGGAGAUCACCAACCAUAUGACCGACCUGUGGGGCCCUGAUGCGGAUAUAUUCGAUCCAGAACGCUUCCUCAAGUCUGGAAAGGCUCAUGCCGGAGGUGCGGCCAACAAUUUUGCCAAUCUAUCUUUCCUACAUGGCCCCCGUAGCUGCAUUGCUCAAGGCUUUGCUAAAGCAGAGCUGGCCUGCUUGGUAGCUGCCAUGGUCGCACGCUUCCAAAUGGUACUAAGGUACCCAGAUGCUGAAUUACAGACUCGUGAGAAUAUAACCAUUGUGCCGGCUGACGGAAUCUUGGCUGUUCUGACUCCAUUGGAUGGAUGGUGA